AAUUAGUUGAAUGAAAUAGUCUGUUUUUACUUUUCAGCAUUGCUCUUCUCCAAAUCGGAACUUGCGUCCGAUCUUCGGCCCCAUCCUUAUUCAUGGCCGCUACUUUUCUAAACCACCCUUGGGGGCUUCAAGGUUCCUGCUGCAUUCCCUCUUCUAGAAAGUUCGCGUCUUCCUCUCUCCGAUUUCCCUCCUCCUCUCUUUCAUGGCACGGCCACAAGGUUCGCGGAUCAUCAUCCUUUUCUGACGACCCCGCCGCAUUCAUCUCUGAUGCUAUUAUCAGUUCUCACCGUCACGAAUCACCUAGUGAGAGUGAGAGUACUUUGAUAUUGAUUCGUCAUGGUGAAUCCUUGUGGAACGAAAAGAACUUGUUCACUGGGUGCUGUGAUGUGCCUUUAACAAGGAAAGGUGUGGAGGAAGCUAUUGAAGCUGGUAAGAGGAUCAGCUAUAUACCCAUAGAUAUUAUUUUCACUUCUGUCUUGAUUCGAGCCAAGAUGACCGCCAUGCUUUCAAUGACUCAGCACCACCAGAAGAAGGUUCCAAUAAUCAUCCAUAAUGAGAGUGAACAGGCAACUGCUUGGACUCGAAUUUACAGUGAAAAAACUACAAAGCAGUCUAUUCCAGUUAUAACAGCUUGGCAGUUGAAUGAAAGAAUGUAUGGGGAGUUACAGGGCCUUAACAAGCAGGAAACUGCCGAAAGAUAUGGGAAGGAGAAAGUGCACGAGUGGCGUCGCAGUUUUGAUAUUCCUCCUCCAAAGGGUGAGAGCUUGGAAAUGUGUUCAGAGAGAGCUGUUGCCUAUUUUAAAGAUUUUAUUGAACCCCAACUAAAAUCUGGAAGGCAUGUGAUGGUUGCUGCUCAUGGAAACUCGUUGAGGUCUAUUAUAAUGUACCUUGAAAAAUUAACCUCUCAAGAGGUCAUGAAUUUAGAACUAUCAACUGGGGUACCAUUGCUUUACAUAUACAAAGAGGGAAAGUUUAUCAGUAGAGGCAGUCCUGUGGGGACUACAGAAGUUGGUGUUUAUGCAUAUACUCAGGGGUUAGCUGAUUACAGACAGCAGUUUGAUGAAAUGUCACAUUGAUCGUUCAUCACUUGAAAGUUCUGGUAUAGUUUUGUAUGUUAACUUUUGGUGGGUGGCUUCAUAUUUUAAUUUCUAACAGUGGCGUUCUACACAAUUAAUCAUCUUAUGGCAGACCAUUAGAAGAACUGGAAAAUUAUAGGAAGAAAUUGAUGAACCCCUUGAUAAUUUAAAAUCUGUGAAACUGAAACUUGGAAGCUGAACACUUUUCUGCACUGCAGUAGUGCAGUCUUAACUCUAAAAUGACUCUGGUUGGAGAGUGAGAGAGAGAUAGUGGACAACUGGAUGUUGGUAAUAUAGCAAUAGAAUUUGAAUGUGUCUGCCUGGAA